UUUUAUAAUAGAAAAUUCAAAAAGUGGGGCUAAUGAUCCAAAAUAAAUAAUUAGGUGCGGUCCAAAUCCAAUACUCGAAAGGUCCGGAUUCGGACCGCGGUCCGCCAGUUGAGUAGCCCUGGCCUACGUAAUUUAUUACCCAAGGGUGAUGUGGCGUAUAUGGGAUUCGAACCAAAGACAGGCCUACUGAUGGAUAUAGUAGACUAGGGGUGUGCAACCUGCAGUCAGCGGGCCAAAUGCGGCCCUCAGGGAAAAUUUGUGCGGCCUGUGAAACGAGUUUUCAAUUAAGUAUUUCCAUCCCUUUGCGUUGCGAAGCCUAUACAGUAGUAUGCCUAUGACGUUACAAUGCCCUAGCAGCUAACUUGUGCGAAGCGAACAACCCAUGUCCUAAGAUUAAAAACCAGCCCGGCCCGCAUUUACAUUCAGUCAGUCAUUUCCAUCUGGCCCUCCUGUAUCAAAGAUUGCACACCCCUGUUCUAGACCAAGCCUCGCCGAUGUAAUGAAUAAUGUAAAUAUCAGGAAUGAUUAUUUUUUUGGAAAAAAAUUUGCGUAUGUAAUUUGUUUUGCGCCUGCAAGAGUUCUUUUCUGCCAAAUUUAAAAUUUAGAUAAAUUAAUGUUAAUCAUGUAUAUUUUAAUUAACAUUGAUUCUAUUGUUAGAUCACGAUUGAUCAAUAGUUUUUAUUGAUCUAAUAUUAAUCAGCAGUCUCUAGCAGUACACAUCCACAUAAGCAAUGAAAAAUCGGACAGUUGUAAGCACUUUGACUCAAUUUGAAAUAUUCCAUUAUGAUCAAGAUGUUUUAUUGGCUCUACUGUUCUUGAAUGAAAUGAUAGGAAAUCUAUCAAGAAAUAGGCUGGUGGUCAACUUUCAUCAUCUGUGCCACCAAACAAAGACUCUGCUCUUCCAUGGCUCGCCCCUCCCCGCCCACCCCCCCAAAGUGUUGGGAUUCAAUUUUUUUAUCAGUCGGUUCCAUCACAAAAGUCAUAUUUGUCAGCCAGUUCUGUUACAAAAAGUCGUGUUUUUUAUAGCAAUGCUAACCGGUUUGCUGAUCUCAUAAAAUCUUGUGAGACGGUUCUAUAGAACCGGUGCGAACCGGCUGAAUCCCACCACUGGGCCUCUCACUCUUCCAUAACAAUGUAGUUACGUUUUUAACAGGUUUCCCUCAAUUAUUUUGAAAGUCACAUUUAACAAUAAAAAAGGCAACAAACGAAAAGGAAACAAUAAAUUCAUAACAGUCAAAGAAAUAGACAAAGACAAUUUAUUUUAAAUUAAUAUACCGGUAGUCAUCACGAAAUGGCACCUAGUGAAGGCUUUUGUUUGUGGCACUCGAAGAAAUAUGUCAUGGCCCACUAGGAGGCCGAGGGCCCAGUUUGAGACACUCUCGAAUAGAUCGAUGCACAUAUCGAACAGUGAGCUUUAUCAUCAAGCAAACAUAUCUGAUCUCGAUUACUUUUUGUUUAAAAAAUAUGUGUAAGCAUUAUAAAAAUGAAGCUUUAUAUGUGUUUUAUCGCCUGAAGCAUCAUUUUUACCACUCAUUAACGCAGAAAAAAAUUAUAUGUUUUUGUUCGGGGGAGGGGCUUAGCUCAUCAAUGCAUGUAUUAAUAAAGGCUUUUUUUGCUUUUAAACAUAAAAAAAAUUUGACAAUCAAGUUGCAAUUUAUCCUGACACCAUGAUGCCUGCUUUUGAUUAUUGCACUCACUGUAAAAAAAAUGAAUCAAAUUUAAUGGUAAUUUUGUGGUAUUUGAUUCAACGGCACAUUGAGAUUUUUAGGCUUAAUAGAUUGUUGAUAAAAUAUGCCUUCAAGGUGCAGAUCAAAUUGGCCCCUAUUUGAAACCAUAUCAGUCAAAUGCUUGGCAAUAAGUAAAUUGGACCCUAUUUCCUAUAGGUAUAUUAUGUUUAUCCUACCAGUGGGUGAUUUUUUCGGGAACAAUUCAAAUUUCUGAAUGUCUUUUCUUCAUAUAUUUCUCCCAAUUGUCAGAUGAAUUUCAACUUCUAAAAAUUCCUAUUUUCCUUGUAAGUACAAUUCUGAAAGUGGGUCCUAGGGGGAACAAAAUGUUGCCCCUUUCCCUAGUGGGCACUGGCCCUGAUCAUUUCUAAGAAUUUGUCUUCUAUUUCAUUUUUGCUUCACCUCAAAGACUUUGUUAUUAUUCUCAUAAUAUGGUUGCACCAAUCCCAAAAGUUUCACGUUUCAUGAUGUCAUUAUUUUAUGACGUAGUAGUAGAGCUGCUAGUAAACGGUGGCAUUGUUAUUUUGAUUUCCCGUUUUUAUGAUAUCUUACGUCUACGACGUAAUUUUUAUGAUUUUAUUGUACAAUUAAAUUAGUUCUAUCAGUAUCCUACUUCGUUGACGUCAUUUAUUGAUGACGUCACGUUCUGAGCUGGUUAUGAUGUUAUUGCAUGUUUGUUAAAUUGACGCUGCCGCGAGUUUUGAUUCAAAGCAAUAUAAUGUUUUCAAUGAGUUCGUUAUAAAAUGCAAUUUUUGUGGCUCGUUUUUCUAUCCAUCGAUUUGUAGGAUUUUAACGCUCGUCUUUGGCAGAGAAAUGCAGCUAGGUCAAUAUACAAACAGUCUUGAUCAAGCUGCUCUCACCAGUGCUUUUCUUAAAAAACUUCCAACUUUUUCAGUCUUAUGAGAAUUUUUUCGUACAUGGGUAUUUCGAUCAUGAGUAGAGUACAAACUGACAUCGCACCGAAGUCUAGGCCGACCAUCUAAAUUCCAGGAGACGUUGAAAACAAACAUGAUUAUUAUGGUGCAUUACAGACCACUAAAUAUCGAUCGGUGGAGAAAAAAUCUCGUAAAAAAAAUACGAAAACUUGUGCUUGAAUACUUAGUAGUGUAAUCAUAUUCAGAUGUUUCUUGAAGUUUGUUGUCUGACAGAAAUUUUCCCUGACGUCAUCAAAAAUAUUCUCAAACUCUGAAGUCGUGAGGAUAAGUUUGAAAGGUGUGUGCAUUUUGCUCUGUAAUGAAGGUAAAAUGGCUCAAUCAUGGAGACGGACUCGUUACCAGAUUUGGUAUUGAAAUUUAGUCAAUAACUUAAUAAUGCAAGUUCCCCAACUAAUUAUUAUCCAGUCUUGUCUUCUUGGAAUGAACCAAAAUUUCAAUGGCAGUCGUUCCAAUGCCUUGAAUUAGAGCAAAAAUUCUAUUCAUAUUCUUCUGUUGACGGUUACUGGUAUGUUAUAUUUGUGGUUUGUUGCCUUUAUGGUCCAUUUGUUAAUUAAGCGUCUCGCCAUCGCCGAAACCUGUUAUUAUACCCAAAAACCGUUGCCAAAAACGAGGGUGUAUCGCAGCAAUCGGAAACCGCGUCACCCUCGAUUUGCACCGUUGCAAAACGCCUGUCGUGUUUUUGUUGAAAAGACAUGCGAUUUUCUGGAUCUCUGACUGAAUGGUAUUUGGCAUGACAAGUGGUCGCUAUCUAUAUAUUCGUAUACCUAGCAGCUUAUUACACCGUUUGUGUCGCUAUCGCCACACGCAUUACAUUUUCGCUAUCUUAAUCGGCGCCUAUAAGAUCCAAUAAGACUAGACAUGGCGAUGAAGAAUAUAAUUUUUGUAGUUGCUACAUUUGUGUUGUUCGCUGGUGAUGUCAUAAGUAAGAGAUAUCCUCCAAUGCCCAUUGAAGAUUGCCCAGAAAGAUGCUACUGCAGAGAUGUGGAUUGUUUGAAAGAGAAAGGAGAAUUGUUCUGUCGUGAAGUUGAUUUCAUCUGCUUCAAUGCUAACGUUGCUGAUCGACUUGAUGUUCUUCCCGUUAAUACCACAAGAUUAUCUAUCAUUGGAGAAAACAUGGGACACAUAACCUUGGACAUGUUUUCACGUUUCUUUGAGCUGAAAAAAUUGAACCUGUCGCAGAAUUCAAUCAGAAGUCUGAAGAUAACUAAAGCUAUGAGAUUUCUCGACUUCCUUAACCUCGACAAUAACCGACUUUGUUACUUUCCUCUGGAGGAGAUGGUUAAGCUUCUACCGGCAUUGAAGAUCUUGAAGGCUCGACAUAAUAAUUUGACAUUUUUGCACGAUAUUCAGUUCCCACCGCGCCUUGUGAGACUUGAUUUGAGUAACAACCAUAUUGAGUCACCGGUGAAAGGAAGUUUCAGAAGAUUGAAAAAACUUGAGUUCCUAAACCUCGCAAAUAAUUCAAUUCGAGAAAUUCAUCCCGUUGCUUUCAGACAUCUAAAAAAACUACAAAUUUUAGACUUGGACCGCAACCAAAUCACCCAACUUCUGCCGGGAUCGUUCGCUCACCUUCCCAGCAUCUCUUUCCUUAGUUUACGUCACAAUAGGAUAGAGUUCAUUGGGCAAAAGGCUUUCAGACAGAUUGGCGUGAGGUGGCAUGGUCAACAUCAGAUUAGACUGGAGCACAACCGCAUUAAGAUAUUACGAAAAGAAUCGAUAGACGUUUUGUUCAGUAGGCGUGACAUUUAUUCCCUUUACUUGGCCGGGAAUCCCAUAUUCUGUGACUGUGGAAUGAUGCUGAUUCGAGACACGGCUGGUGACAUGCUUCGAGACGCAGACACAACACUUUGCCAUUCACCGUCCGAUUUGAAGGGAUUUUACGUUGGCGAUCUCGAUUUUCCGGGAUGCGUCGAAGAGGAGGAAGAUAAUUACGAGGAUGAUUACUACGACGACUAUUAUUAAAUCUACUUGAUUGGGAGGCGAAGUGGUUAAGGUAGCGA